AUGACAUUAAAUCCAUUUGAAAUAGUCUUUGCUGUUCCUUUAGAAUGUGGAUCAUGUGUUGAUUCCGUUGCAAAUGUAUUGAAGAAGCUAGACGGGGUUGAGAAGUUUGACAUUAAUUUGAAAGAUAACCUUGUCACGACUGAAGGGUCUUUAGCUCCAAGUGAAAUUGCCAAAGCAAUUCAAAGUACAGGGAGAGAUGCCAUUAUUAGAGGAACAGGUAAACCUAAUUCUGCAGCUGUUUGUAUUUUGGAGUCGUUUGAUCAAAAAGAUUUCAAUCAUCCAGUCAAGGGAUUGGCUAGAAUUGUCGGUGUGGCGCCACAAGAUUUGUUCAUUGAUUUAACAGUCAAUGGUUUACCAAAAGGAACCUACUACCCAUCUAUAAGAAAAUCAGGAAACCUCUCUGAAGGUGCAUUAUCCACUGGUGACAGUUUCUACGAUCUACAACCAAUUGAGGUCAACGACGCUGCUAAUCUGGAAACUACUAUUAAUUCUAUUGGUGCCAAAGUUGUCGACGAUAAGGAUUUAUAUUCUGGACAAGCAGUUCUUCAUGCCAAAUUAGGUGUCAAUGACUUAAUCGGCAGAAGUAUUAUUUUAUCCAAAUUGAAAGAUCAAGUCAGUCCGGAUUCAAUUUGUGGGGUCAUUGCAAGAUCUGCUGGAGCUUGGGAAAAUGAUAAACAAGUUUGCAGCUGUAGUGGAAAGACUGUUUGGGAAGAAAGAACAGAUGCCAAAUCCAAGGGAAUUGCUGUAUAG